GAGCAGGAUGUAGCGGUACGUGUAUCGGGCUCGCUUCAUAUCAAACCAACCACAAGAAGUCCGUCUCUCUGUUUAUGUCGACGCGGUGAGUCUGGUUUGGGGGAUGGGUAGCAGAGACGACUAACGUUUUUUUUGAAAAAUGUCCAACAUCCUCGAUGCGGCGUCCAGAGUGAAAUGGGACCGCACGGCUGCGGCCAAGAGAGCCGUGUUCCUCGCCGCUGCCGCCUACGGGGUGAAGAUCCUGUACCCCAUCAUCUGCAGGCAGCUCAGGAAAAACAAAGACCCCAGGAACAGUCGCCGGCUUUCAAAGGCGGAGAACGGCUCCACCUGUUUGGUGAAAACACAAGUGUGUGCUGCGGCUCAUAAAAAGCAGUCCCCCGGGGUGAACGCAGAGUUUUUCAAGCAGAUCCUGGAGCUUGGUAAAAUCCUCUUUCCCAAGCUGGUGUCCAAAGAGCUGGCUUUGCUCUGCUUGCACUCGGUGGCGUUGAUAUCGAGGACGUUUCUGUCUAUUUACGUGGCCAGCUUGGACGGGAAGAUAGUGAAAACGAUAGUGGAGAAGGAACCCAGGAGCUUCAUCUUCCAGCUGAUGAAAUGGCUCCUCAUCGCCAUCCCGGCCACGUUUGUCAACAGCGUCAUCCGGUACCUGGAGUGCAAGCUGGCCCUGGCCUUCCGUACCCGGCUGGUGAACCAUGCCUACCGGACCUACUUCACCGAUCAGACCUACUACAGGGUCAGCAACAUGGACGGGAGGCUCACCAACCCGGACCAGUCUCUCACCGAGGACGUGAUGAUGUUCUCCCAGUCGGUGGCCCACCUCUACUCCAACCUCACCAAGCCCAUACUGGACGUGGUGCUGACCUCCUACACGCUGAUACAGACAGCCAGGUCCAGGGGGGCCAACGCCAGCGGUCCGACCCUGCUGGCCGGGCUGGUGGUCUUUGCCACGGCUAAGGUCCUGCGUGCCUGCUCGCCCAAAUUUGGCAAGCUGGUGGCCGAGGAGGCUCACAGGAAAGGCUACCUGCGCUAUGUUCACUCCAGGAUCAUUGCAAACGCUGAGGAAAUAGCUUUCUACAGGGGACACAAGGUGGAGAUGCGUCAGCUGCAGAAGUGCUACCAGACUCUGGCGGACCAGAUGAACCUGAUCCUGUCCAAGCGUCUCUGGUACAUCAUGGUCGAGCAGUUCCUCAUGAAGUACGUGUGGAGCGCCAGCGGGCUCGUGAUGGUGGCCGUGCCGAUCAUCACAGCUACCGGCUUCGCAGACAACAAAACAGCAGACGGGCGCACGCAUGUGAUGGUGAGCGAGAGGACGGAGGCUUUCACCACCGCACGCAACCUGUUGGCCUCAGGCGCUGACGCCAUCGAGAGGAUCAUGUCCUCCUACAAAGAGGUCACAGAGUUGGCAGGGUACACCGCACGGGUCCACAACAUGUUUGUUGUAUUCGAGGACGUCCAGAGGGGCGUUUACAAGCGCUCCUCUCUAUCAACCACAACAGGAGCAGAGAAGAAGAGCAAGCCUGAGAUGCACAUAGAUGGACCACUGGAGAUAAAGGGUGAAGUGAUAGACGUGGACAAGGGUAUCGUGUGCGAGAAUGUCCCAAUUAUUACGCCGAAUGGGGACGUCGUCGUGUCUUGCCUGAAUGUUAAGGUGGAAGAGGGCAUGCACCUAUUGAUCACGGGGCCUAACGGCUGUGGGAAAAGCUCUCUGUUCAGGAUCCUCAGCGGCUUGUGGCCCGUCUACGGGGGCCGCCUGUACAAACCCUCUCCCCAACAUAUGUUCUACAUUCCUCAGAGGCCAUACAUGUCUAUGGGUACACUGCGGGACCAGGUGAUCUACCCAGACUCGGUGGAGGACAUGGCUUCCAAAGGCCUCAGUGACAAGGACCUGGACACCAUCUUGGACAUAGUCAACCUCUACCACAUUGUCACCAGAGAAGGAGGCUGGGAUGCUGAGCUGGACUGGAAGGACGUGCUGUCAGGAGGCGAGAAGCAGAGGAUGGGCAUGGCUCGCAUGUUCUACCAGAAGCCUAAAUAUGCUCUGUUGGAUGAGUGUACCAGCGCUGUGAGCAUUGACGUGGAGGGGAAGAUUUUCCAGACUGCUAAGGACGCCGGCAUCUCCCUGCUCUCCAUCACACACAGACCCUCCCUGUGGAAGUACCACACCCACCUGCUUCAGUUCGACGGGGAGGGAGGCUGGCGCUUCGAGCAGCUGGACACGGCGACGCGUCUCUCCCUCACCGAGGAGAAGCAGCGCCUGGAGACCCAGCUGGCCGGCAUUCCCGAGAUGCAGCAUCGCCUCAACGAGCUGUGCAAGAUCCUGGGGGACGACUCUGUCCUCAAAACAGCAGAGGAAUGAGACAGGAAGGGGGAGGGAAGGUGG